GAGUGUAGCCGCUGGUACCUUUCGCCUGGAGCUUCGUUCGUGCCGCCCCGGAGUUCCGCCACAGGCCCAUGCCCGCAUCAGGUCGCUUCGAGGGGGUAGUCAAACUUCUCCACGGGUACGUCACCGUUCGGCAGGCCGUGAGAUUAGGGCGUGCCAAGCACUACACGCAGGAACAGCUCACGGAGCACUUGGUCAAGGUGUGCCAAGGCGGGCCGAAGGGCGCAGGCAUGCCUCUUCUGCGCCAGAUUGCGGGGAAGCUGCGAUCGAAAGCACGCCAAACACGGAAGUGGGGGAACGUCAAGAAGAAGGACGACAAGGUCGCUGUUCUUCUGCACGCCCGCGCCCCUGUCGAGUGGGCGAGUCGGAACCGGUGGACGCAAGACUCCAUCAGGACCCUCGUCGCAGAGAGUUUCCGGGCGAGAGCUGUCUGUGUGACGUCAGACAGGUUCGAGCCCGCAACGACGCCGUCCACAGCAGUGCCGCGGGCACAGAGGCCAUGGUCGCUCUAUGGCUGUGCUGUGACCGACGCCAUCGCUCUUGCGAAGCACUGGCGUUGGGUCACGGAACACAAGAAGUUCUUGGCCGCCGACUUCCGCGUGUCUCCGGAGGCGCCGCUGGACCACUCCACGCUGCAGAAACACUUCUCUGUGGGGUACUUCAUACCCUCGCGGUCGCGCCACCAGAUCCUGACGGACGUCCACCACGCAGCUGGCAACACUGCGGUGGAGCUCGGGCCGUCCUUGGGCACGGGGGUGACCCUCGGCCGCGCGCCCCUCGCGCCAGCUCUCCAGAAGAGGCUGGUGAAGCGCCUGAACUCUUCCGGAGCUUUCCGGAAGCAGUUCGGGGGCCGGGUCACUCGCGUAACGCUCGGGCACCUGGUUUGCGAGGCCCGCCAAAACGUGUGGGCCCCAAAAGGACCGCGCUUUUUCUCGCGCUUGCUCGCCGAACUGGCAAGCAGCACUGGGACACCCGCGACAGAGCGGCGAUCCUACUGCGCCGAGAUUGCACGCUACGCUGUGGGGGAUGGUGCGAUGGGUCACGGGACUGGGAUAUCGGGUCUCCUUCUGAUGCUCAGGUGCUCCAACUCGUCGCGUCCGAUGCGUCUGGAGCGGACUGCAGCAUUCGUGCCCAGCUGCCGUCGCGCACCAGCAGAGCAUAGUUUUUUUUGGUGAUCUUUUGGUCAUCAACCGCGCUCUCCCUCCCCCCUUCCCCGUCCACCUCGGGAUCCCUCGUUUCUUCCCUCUCGUCUCUUCUCAAGUCACUCGUUGUUGGCUCGUUCUCCGCACAACUGGGGGCGACCCGCGCAUCUUUUCAGAUUCGCGCUCUGCCAGCCUGUGCCUUUCUGCCCGGAGCAGUUUGCUGGGCUGCAUGAGUCGUUCGCUGGUCGAGUCGAUUGCCCCACCUUGAGGGGGGAGGAGG